AUGAAAUUAAUCCGUAAGGUGCCCCGAAGUAGCAACCAUGCCAAACGGAAUGGAAAAAAGCCUCUUUCCGGUCUUUCCCCUCUUUCAAUCGAUGCUUUCCACCCUAAUAUGAUGAUGAUGACUGGUGGUGGAACAAAAAUUUCGACGGGUGCAAAUUCUCAUCACCACCAUCAAGGUGGUGCAUUAGGAAGUAGUUUUAAGCCGUCAAACUUUGCGCCGCUGAUGAAUGGAGGUUCUGGAACUUCUGCAGCGAUGAUGAAACCUAUGCCUGUUCAACAAAUGUUACCACCUUCGAAUGCGACGGUGCUGAGUCACCAAAGUACAAAACAAUCAAACCAUAAAUCUAGACAAAGUACAGAAGGGGAAUAUCAGUUAAUAAAAAAUGAAGUCCUUUCUUCUUCUUAUGGAAACCAAUACGAAGUUCUUGAAUUUCUUGGUAAGGGCACUUUUGGCCAAGUAGUGAAAGCAUGGAAGAAAGGCACAAAUGAGAUUGUUGCCAUAAAAAUCCUUAAAAAGCACCCAAGUUAUGCACGACAAGGACAAAUUGAAGUUUCAAUUCUUUCACGUCUAAGCAAUGAAAAUGCUGAAGAAUUCAAUUUUGUCCGUGCUUAUGAAUGCUUUCAACACAAAAAUCAUACAUGUUUGGUCUUUGAAAUGCUUGAACAAAACCUUUAUGAUUUCCUUAAACAAAAUAAAUUUACUCCGCUUCCACUUUCAAGUAUUCGGCCUAUUGUGCAGCAAGUGCUUACCGCGUUGUUGAAACUUAAGCAACUUGAACUUAUACAUGCUGAUUUAAAGCCAGAAAAUAUUAUGCUUGUUGAUCCUGCAAAUCAACCUUUUCGUGUCAAGGUUAUAGAUUUUGGCUCUGCAUCCCAUAGAAGCAAAGCUGUUACAAACACUUAUUUACAAUCGCGUUAUUACCGUGCUCCCGAAAUUAUUCUUGGCCUUGCCUUCCGUGAGGCCAUCGAUAUGUGGUCUUUAGGUUGUGUAAUUGCUGAACUUUUCCUUGGUUGGCCCCUUUAUCCCGGCUCUUCAGAAUAUGAUCAAAUGCGUUUUAUUGUUCAAACACAAGGAUUACCUCCUGCACAAAUGCUUGCUGACGCAGCGAAAACUCAUCGUUUCUUUAAAAUUAUAAAAGACAUGGCUUCUUAUUGGAGACUCAAAACUGUUGACGAAUUUGAAAUGGAAGUGAGUACAAAAAGCAAGGAGACACGUCGUUAUAUUUUUAAUUGUCUUGAUGAUAUUGCUCAGGUACAUUUACCUCGUGAUUUGGACGAAAUUGAUUCAAUGGUUGAACGUUGCGAUCGUCAAGAAUUUGUUGAUAUUCUUAAGCUUAUGUUGAGUAUGGAUCAGGAUCGACGCUUAACACCUCAAGGCGGAUUGCAGCACAAAUUUAUAAAAAUGACUCAUUUAAUUGAAUGGGGUCGAACAAACUACUAUCAGGUCGCUGCUCAACAUAUGGAAGUUUGUUAUCGCAGUCCAUCUGUUCGAACGUCAUCUUCAAACUAUUCAUUACGCUCCGCUAAUACUGGAUCUGGCCCAAUUACUUCAAUUGCUUCAGCGGCCACACAAUCUCAACAACCUCAAAAUCUGAUCGCCGCUCCUUUGCUAGCAGCGGCUAAUGCACUUUCGAGUGGUGGUGUUGGGAUAUCACACAAUUCUCAACAUCGUUCAGCUGCAACUGGAACUUCAAUUGGUCAAGCUAAUGCACAAAUUGGAGUGGGUGGAGGUGGUAGUAUCCAACAAACUGGAACAAAUCCUUUACCACUUCCUUCAGAAUUUUCCAAUUUAUUCCAUCAUUACCAAGCAUUAACGAAUGGACAACUUCCAGCCAAUCAGGCUGCUGCUGCCCCUUAUAUUUGCCAGCCUUUGAUGACUACUGUCCUUCCUUAUACUCGUCAACCGCAACAAUUAAAUUCCUUAACUAACUUUGCUGCUGCCACUGCUACCGCUGCUCAACCACAAGCAGCUCUGAUUUCCCAGUUUGUUCCUAUCUCAUCGUUCGUUGAUCCAUUGCUAGCCGCAGCGGCUGUGGCUGCUUCUAAUGGUGGAGUUAAUGGAACUGUGAAUGUUUCUACUGCAGCUCAACACCACCCUCUCCACCAGUCAUCUUCAACCGUUGGCGGAGCUCAAAAUGUUGCUUCUGCUGCUCAACUGACUUCCAAUUGGGGAUGUUCGUCUAACACGCAAAAUCCUGCUUUUGCUGUUGCUGCUAAUAAUCCUCUUUUUCCUUGGGCAGUAGCUGCAGCCGCUCAACAGGCUCUAUUGCCUCCACCUGCUCCGCAACAUAAUACAAACGGAAGCAGUGAUUCGUUUCUUUCACAUAACGCUGCUGCAGCGGCUGCUCAUGCUAGACAAUUGGCUGCAACUGCUGCAUUUCUUCAGCAAUUUCCACAUCUUUUCCAAGCCGCUUCUGCAAAUACAUUUCCACCACAGCAACAAACUGUAGCGCAUCAACAAAAUGCUGCAGCAGCUGCCGCGGCAAAGAACUAUUCACAUCAAUUGCAAAUAUUGGCUCAAGUUCAUCAGCAACAACAGGAAGAAUGGGCUGCUCAAGUUUUGAAUGGAAUUCAUCCAAAUUCAUCUGCAAUUAAUGUCCAGCAGCCGCAACAAAUUCAACAAUCUGCGGCUUAUGCCAAAUUAAAAAAUGAUUCACUUCAGCAAUUAAUGCAACCAUCAGCGAAUGAUCAUUAUAUCGAUAGACAAAAUUUGGAAAAUGUGCAUCAACAACAUGAACAAGCACUUAAAAAUUCUGUUAACCAAUCAAACAUUAUGAAUUCUUCAUUUUCUUCAAAUAAUGGAGCUUUAGACUCGAGUACUACAUUACCAACAAACGCCGCUUCAUCUUCUGCGAGAAAAGCAUCAAAUACCAGAUGUGCAAUUGUCCGUCCACAGCCACAUGCACAACCGUCACAAAUAAUUCAGCAACAACAAUUCAAUCAAAACCAGCGACAACAUCAGCAACAGGUUGCUAAUGCAACGGCUGCAUUUAUUCUCCAACAACAACAGCAACAAGCUGCUGAGCAUCUUCUCACUUCUGGCAAUCCCAAUGGUGGAAAUCCUUUCUUUUCUGUUGUUGAUGCUUCAGGAACAACGUCUGGUAUUGAACAAACAAUUGGAAAUAACAACAAUGGUUAUGCACCGUUUAUAUCUUCAAAUCGAUCAAAUGCUUCAACAACAGCGGCUUUAAAUGCAGCAAAUCCAGCAAUGUUGGCACAUAUGCUUGAUUUGACAAAUUCAAUUGGCGGUUAUUCUACUACAAAUUCUUAUCUUUAA